AGAAACACAGAAAACAACUGGAAGGACCAGUGUCCACUAGUGCCUGUCCACUGUAAUUUCAGGAACUUGAUCAUGUGGGAUACACCCUAAUGUAUGCUUCCCAGCCCUAUGCACUAGAGGAAGGCAAAAAUACCCAGAAGUUCCCAACUAAGUACUCUGGAGGAAAACCUUUCCUGACUUCAAAUUUGACAAGUCGGUUCAACCCUGGUGCAUAGCGGUGGUGGAGGCAGUUCAUAGACUGGAUCUCAUUCUCGGCAACAAGACAGCUUAUCAAGAAGUGUUCAAGCCAGAGAACAUCAGCUUGAGGAACAAAUUGCGAGAGUUGUGUGUGAAGCUGAUGUUCUUGCAUCCGGUGGAUUAUGGGAGAAAAGCAGAGGAACUGCUGUGGAGAAAGGUUUACUAUGAAGUUAUCCAGCUCAUUAAAACGAAUAAAAAGCACAUUCACAGCCGCAGCACCCUGGAGUGUGCAUACCGGACUCACCUAAUUGCCGGCAUAGGAUUUUACCAACACCUUCUUCUCUACAUUCAGUCUCACUAUCAACUGGAGCUGCAGUGCUGUAUUGACUGGACUCACGUAACCGACCCACUGAUAGGCUGCAAGAAACCUGUAUCUGCAUCGGGGAAAGAAAUGGAGUGGGCACAGAUGGCGUGUCACAGAUGUCUGGUUUAUCUGGGAGAUUUAGCUCGCUACCAGAAUGAGUUGGCAGGUGUGGACACGGAACUGCUGGCUGAGAGGUUUUACUAUCAAGCUCUUUCUGUUGCACCACAAAUUGGGAUGCCCUUUAAUCAGCUGGGGACACUGGCAGGGAGUAAAUAUUACAACGUGGAAGCUACUUACUGCUAUUUACGUUGUAUCCAGUCUGAAGUGUCCUUUGAAGGUGCCUAUGGUAACCUGAAGCGGUUGUAUGACAAGGCAGCCAAAAUGUAUCACCAGCUGAAGAAAUGUGAAACCAGGAAACUGUCUCCAAGCAAAAAACGAUGCAAAGACAUUAAAAGGUUGCUGGUGAGCUUUAUGUAUCUCGAGAGCCUUUUGCAGCCAAAAAGCAGCUCUGUGGACUCUGAGCUAACAUCUCUUUGCCAGUCGGUGCUGGAAGAUUUCAACCUUUGCUUGUUCUACCUGCCUUCUCCUCCUAAUCUGAGCUCAGCGAGCGAAGACGAAGAGGAAUAUGAGAGUGGAUAUUCCUUCCUUCCUGACCUCCUCAUCUUCCGCAUGGUGAUCAUCUGCCUAAUGAGCGUCCACAGCCUCAAAAGGGCAGGUUCAAAGCAGUACAGUGCAGCCAUUGCUUUCACUCUGGCCCUCUUUUCUCAUCUGAUAAACCACGUCAAUAUUCGCCUGCAGGCAGAACUGGAAGAAGGGGAGAAUCCAGUUCCAACCUUCCAGAGCGAUGGCACAGAUGACCAAGAGACCCGGGAGCCCUUGAACUCCGUUGAGAAGGAAGCAGAUGCUGACUUAGCCAGCCACCGGCCCAGCGAUGAGCAGAGGAAGAAGGACAGCAAGAAGAGCAAGAAAUACUCUCGCCUUUCCUGCUUGCGCCGCCGGCGCCAUCCCCAGAAGGUCGAUGAGAGUGACCUAAGUGAGGGCUUCGAGUCUGACUCCAGCCAGGACUUCACUAAGGGCAGCGAUGGCUCGGAGAGCGGCUCGGAGAAAAGCGACGAGGAGGUGGAGACGGCCUUUGAUGUGGAGACAGACUCAGACAUGAACAGCCAGGAAUCCCGUUCUGACCUGGAGGAUAUGGAGGACGAGCCAGGGGAAGAGGGAGGUGGCCGAACCAAAAGCAUGAAAAAUGGGGCCAAGGAGGCCUUAAAAAACUGCAUGGAGGGGAGCGGGCUGCUGGACUCUAAAAGCCUAAGUGUCUCCAAGACUGAGAAUUCAGAUGCUGCAGUCAAUGGGCCAGGGUCCAUGGGCACUAAUGAAGCUAGCAUAGCCAGUAACCUCCAGGCCAUGUCCACACAGCUGUUCCAGACCAAACGCUGCUUUCGCUUGGCCCCCACUUUCAGCAACGUCCUCUUGAAACCAACUCAUGAACCAGCUGCCUUGAAGGAGGUAGUGGACAGCAAGCCUUGUGUCAACGGGGAUGUGGAGAAGCCCGGCUUCCCUGAACAAGGUAAAGAUGACUUGUCCGACUCUGAAGAGAGCAUCACCAGUAACAAAUCCUGUAGGAACGAGAGAUCCCUCCAAGAAAAACUAGAGAUCAUAACCAAUGAGGGCCUGCUUCCGACUGUCAAGGUGUUCCUGGACUGGUUGAGAACCAACACUGACCUCAUCAUCAUGUGUGCCCAGAGCUCCCAGAGUCUAUGGAACAGAUUGUCUGUGCUUCUGAACCUUCUGCCUUCUGCUGGAGAACUGCAGGAACCAGGGCUGGCUCUUGGUAACGAGGUCAAGGACUUACUGAUUGGCUGUGAACUUCCAGACUUGAGCACCAGUUUGCUGCUUCCAGAAGAUGUGGCGCUCCGUAACCUGCCACCUCUGAAAAAUGCACACAAGAGGUUUAACUUUGAGCAGGACAGACCCAUACUCUCAGCGGUGGAGGAGUCCGUGAUUCGUGUUUGCUGCAUCCGCAGCUUUGGCCACUUCAUCACCCACUUGCAAGGCAGCAUCUUGCAGUUUAACUCAGAGGUCGGGAUCUUCAUUAGCAUCGCUCAGUCUGAGCAGGACAACCUGUUACAUCAGGCCCAGGCCCAGUUCCGCAUGGCUGCGGAGGAAGCUCGUCGGAACAGGUUAAUGAGAGACAUGGCUCAGCUCCGACUGCAGCUGGAGGUUUCUCAGCUGGAGGGGAGUCUCCAACAGCCCAAAGCUCAGUCUGCCAUGUCUCCUUAUCUUGUCCCAGACACUCACGCUCUCUGCCAGCACCUCAGCAUCAUCCGGCAGUUAGCUACGAGCGGCAGGUUCAUCAUCAUCAUCCCUCGAACAGUGAUCGAUGGUUUAGACUUCCUGAAAAAGGAGAACGCAGGCGCUCGUGACAGCAUCCGGUAUUUAGAGGCAGAAUUUAAAAAGGGAAACAGGUACAUUCGUUGCCAGAAGGAUGUUGGGAAAAACUUUGAGAGGCAUAAACUGAAGAGACAGGAUUUAGAUGCCUGGAACCUCUAUAAAAUAUUGGAUAGCUGCAAACAGCUGACUGUGUCUCAAGGGAACGGAGAGGAUGACACCACAGGGAUGGUUACCAUCAUAACUGGCCUUCAGCCAGAUGAUCCAAGCAAAUUCUCUGCACCCAUGCAGUCUGCUAUCCAGGCAGCAGCCAAUGCCAGUGUAGAAAUAAAAAAUGUUCUGGAGUUCUACAAGCAGUGGAAGGAGAUGGGCUGAUGGGCAGAAGGGCAUCGGGUUGGUGUACCUUUCUCUCCCCCUCUCAGAACGCGCAGUGUCUGAACGAAGGAAACAAAACAUAGGCGAGACUUGACACGAAGAAGCAGCAGCAGCAGCAGCAGCAACCAUGACAAAAACAAAUCCAGUUCCGGCACGCACACAAAACGCCCACAACCCACACCCUGAACAGACAACUGUACAUCUCCAACAGCGUCAACUGCUCUGAGAAGAGAGACACCUCAGCGAGGCCAAGAAGAGAUCUCCCCUUCUCCCGGUCGGCAGGAUGGGCGAGAGACGGGCAGUCGUUCAUCCUCCCUAAAGCCUGCUCGGUCGUCCCCAAUUGCCAGGCAGCUCCUAGUAUGUACUUCAUUUAAACAAGCCAAAACCACAGCAGUGAAAAUGGAACAACAAAAGGGGCUAGCCUCCGGGGCUGGGGAUAAAGAUCCAAGGAGUGCUCUUUGUUGGGAAUCUGGUAAUAGGAACACGAACACCUUUUUAAUUAAUUUUUCCAUCUUCUUUCUUUUAAUUCUUAGCAUAUAUAUAUUAAAAAAAAAAAUGGAGUCCUUUGGGGUUCUGGAUCCUCUUCAAAUGUUAAAGAAUUAAAGAGAAAAAGGAAAUGAUGAUGCUAUUUUUAAACAGAAAAGCAAAAAAAAGUUUUAGGAACAAAUUUAUUUAUUCCUCUCCUCCCCUUUCCAUACUGGGGGGAGUGCAAAGUGAUUAUUGCCUGUAGAGAGAAGCACCAGCUGGAAACCUUCCCUAUCCCGCUAGGAGUUUGGUGUGCAUUCCUUGCUUUUGUACUUGUUGCGUGUUUUGUGAGCCAUGAUAGGUUUAGCUUGGGCUGUUUGAGAACAGGAGGAAAGGUCCUCCUAAACGACCCCCACCCCCAGCAUUAGGUCUUUGUGCAGGGGAGGGUAAAGGUGAAUGCAAUCCAGGCUAGGUGCUGGUAGUCAGAAUGGAGCUGCAUUGAUGCUUGGACAGUGGCAAGGGUUGUUGAUUUGGCUUGAGCCUGCCAAGACUCAAGAGACAAAUUGAACCUGAAAACAUCUCCAAAGGGUCCCUAAUUCCUCUUCCUUAUUUUGCAGUGAGUUGUUAAGGGAGGAGGGGGUGCAGAGGAUUUUCAUAAGCUUAUCAACUGUCUCUUCAGUUGCUCCCAGACUCAGCUGCUUCUGUUUAAAACAAGAGAGGUUUGCAGAGCUUAGUAGUCCCUAGGAGCAGGGUGGGAAAUGCAGUGGCCACUGCAAGUCAGUGUCAUCUGGAACCGGCCCAUGGAUUGUUCUAUGCCUUUCAGUCAGUACAGCAGCAUCCGUAAAGGAAGGGAAGACAGUAGCUGUGCAGAUGCUGGAAUUAGCUCCCUUUGUUUCCUGUGAGGCAAAUUUACAAACCUCUCUCCUGCACCAUCUCUGUGCUUCCUUCAUCUGACUUCUGGUAACACUGUUACCUGUAAAUGAAAAGCACAUUGCUAUAACAAUCACUGAGCGCCGGGGAUAAGUUCCAUCUCUGUUGAUCUGUGUCAUUGUACUUCAAGACCAGAUGUCCCCGUCCACUUGUACCAGCAGGAACUAUGCAAGUAAUAAGUUUAACCCACUGGUCUCUGUCAGGCUGUUUUAAUUUGACCUGACAAGAAGCUGCUUAGCUGGUUAUUAAUGGUGUCCUAUGAAUGGAUCAUUUAAAAAAAUAGCCGUUUGCAAUACUUGCAGAUUUCCCAGCAUAACAAAUCAUACCAGAAUUGCAGAACGUCCCAUUUGGGGUUCCGACCAGUAUGAAUCACCCAGGAUUCAUCCACCUUGCAGCUUAGAUCAUUUUGCUGCCAGCAGCCUCGUUACCCAGAUGAAAGGCCUUGGAAAGCCAGUGUGCUUUAAAGGUGAUUUUAUUCCUUUGGAAAGCAGAGGAGGGCGUAGGGGGUCAGUGUUCUCUUUACAGCUUCACCUGAAACUUGUGCUGCUUCACUAGGCUGUGCCAAGAAGACAGCUUAAGCAAAAAUGCUGAAUGGGGGCUUUCACCUGAUACUGCUGGCUUCCUGUGUUUACAAAGAGAUGUCAGCUGUGGCAUAUCCCCAGGUAGAGUUUAGUGCAUGGCAUUUGUCCUUUCCCACACGUACUCUGCUACUUUCUUUUAUUAGGUCUAUUUCUGUUUAGUUCGUGCUUUUAUUUAAUGGAGAUGCAAAAAGUAAAAAAGACCUACCCUGUGUAUGAUGUCUCCAUCAGAACCCCGAGUUGUACAAGCCAGAGCAGUGUAGCGCUGAAAGUGAACCUAUUCACCCUCUGCGUUUCUAUCCCUUUUUUUGACAUGAUGCUGACCAGUGCACUGAAUUACACUCCCCGCUGACCCACAAGGCUAGGUCAUCUUGAAUUCUGUCUAGUGGAUCAGACUUCUCUUGGACUUGGGUGUUCUGCCCAGCUCUUCUUGGUAGGACGCAAACUGGAACCCACAGCAAUGAGUGAGUUGUAGCGGAGGGAAGAUCUGCACUAAAUGAAGCUUUGUCACAGCUGAUUACAUUUCUAGUUCUAGGAAAUAUUUAUUUUUUUUCUCCCUUUCGGGGGUGUAGUCUGAGACAUGCUGUUCUGAUUUUGUAAAGAAGUGGGAAUCGUUCUACUGCAAUUAAUGUCCAAAGCCUCGGAUGGGAGCUGUUCAGAUGUAGCAUAUUCCAGUGACCACAGAUGAGACUGAGGGGAGAAAAGCAGUGCAAGUGAAGCAGAAACUGAAAACCAGUUCCUCCCAAACAGAUCACAUUGGCAUUGCAGUUAGUUAUGAUUUCCAAAGCAACAGUGCAACCCAAAAUUGGGACUGGAAUCCUAGAGCCAAGCUUUGUGACGCAGAGAUCAUGGAUAGAGUGGGGGUGCGCAGCAGCUGCCCAUCACUGCACAAAUGUGACCAUUAAGUGAGGAUGAUGCUAGGGAAGAGGUGAAGCCUGGCCACAGAAGAUGCCACAGCUGCUCAUCUUUUGAAAUGGAGCGACUGUUCGAGCAGGCAGUUGAUGGGGGCUGUUUUGACAGUUGCAGUGGGACAUGCAAAACAUUUUUAAAUUUCAUUUUUUUGAAGGUGAUUUUUUUAACCUCAAAUUUAUUUUGUAACAAUAAACGUUGCUAAGCUAAAGAGAGAUCCCUCCUUGUGUGUCCAGAAAGAGAAAUCAAGGCAGGAUUUUUUUUUUUAAGGGGGGGAAAGUGUGUCUGUAUUUUAUAAACAUCCCUGUCAUGAUGCACUGCCUUCUAAAGGGUAUUUUUGGUCGUAUCAGGAGUGUUGUGGUCAUUAAGGAGGUUGGGAAAGGCCCUUGGCUAUCCUUCAUCAGGAGGAGUGUUGAUAGCCCCUUAACGGAGGAGACCAACAUGUCACCCUUUUGCUGUCUCCAUACACAUCUUCAACCUUCUUUCUGCGGAGAUAGGAAGCUUUAGGCAGGGGUGGUCAGUUUUCAAAGAUGCAUCUUGAAGAUCCCCAUGCAUGCUUUUGUCCUCCAAAAAUGUGUUGCCAUCCAACUAAUUAAAUGCAAGGAACACAUUUUCUGUGCCCUUGCCGGAUUUAAUCUAAACUGGAAAAGGGACGAAAAAUGGUGUAUCAGUCUGUGUGGAAUAGCACAGCCAUAGAUCAAGGCACCAGGGAAGAUGACACAUAGUUUCCUCUUAUAAAACAUUUUCUAACAUUGGGCUUUAAUUGGAGGCACUGCUUGAUUCUUUUCAGGAGAGGUGCAGGGGAGGAUGCUUUUAAGGCCUGAUCCUGCAACUCAUGAUGGGCCAUAAUUCCCAACUAGUAGGUUGGCCCAAGUCUGUCCAAAAUAUGGAGCCAUGAUUAAAUGCAUAAUUGGAACUGUGCUGACUUAGACCAGCAGGGGACUUGGUCCAGGAGUCUCAAAUCCCAGUCUAGAAUUCAAACAGAGAUGGCCACUUUUAAUCAUCAAUGGACGUUGCUAAUGCCAAGUAUUUCUCCGAGGCUAGAUCACUAAAUGCCCAGUGGAGGACUGAGAGUUGAUAUAUCAUAGCCCACGGCACUAGUGCCCGUAGCUUAAUGCUGUGGUUUGGGUCUUAUGGGAGUCACCACAGCAUGCAAUAGCGCCAUCUUGAGAUGUAGCUGCAAACUGACCUUCCAUGCUAUCCUAGUGCAACAUUUGAGCCUUGCAAAGCCAGCUCUUCUUCCUCUGCUAACACAAAAGGUGCUAUCUCAGUAGCUACCAAAAACCUUCUUAGACCACAUGCAAACUAGCCCCUGGGGGAGAAAUGUUAGCUCAAGCGUCAUAACACCCGCUAUGCUGGUAACAAGAAAAAAAAAAAGUGCUUUAUGGGGUUAAAAUGUUUUUAAUUUAAUCGUUUUGUGUAUUUCUGGACUUUGUUUUUCUUUUUUUCCCCUUCCACCAAGUUGGAUUCCCAGAAGCUUCAGCGUGACAACCUCAUUCACAGAGACUGUCGGUUUCUGGGGGCGAACGGCGUCCUUGAUUUCUCAUGCGGGUGGCAUGUUUGUUUUGCCAGCAGCAGACUGUCUAUAUGUGCAGCUCUGGGUGAAAAACGCUGUUCGGUGUGUGGUGGACACUGUACUGUAUGGGUAGGGUGUGCCAAACAAUUCUUCUUUUAAGCUGUUCCCCCACUCUGGUCACACGAUUUGUUUGAAUGCCAUUUGAAACGACUCAGCUUCUCAUUCUUGUCAUCUAGCAAGGGGGCUGUUUAAAGGGGGCGUGGGAAUACAGUGGGAUACCCACUGACAAUGAAAUCAGAGGUCUGUUGGGAUAAGAAGGGGAAUGACCAUGGGUAUGGCUUUCCUGUAACCCAAUCCUUCCUCUGCUUCUGCAAGCAUUAGAACCAAUGUUGGGAGGAUGGUUGCUGGGUGGGAGUCAAAGGAGGCUAACACUCACCCUCCAGAUAUUUUAUAGCACAAAUGACCUCUAGCCUGUGGAUUCACAGUUCAGCGGCGAUUAACCAGGGAGGAGUGGACACACUGUGGAUUUACAGUCCAGGCGAUGUGUGUCCAAGGGGAACCUUGCCCCACACUUGUCAGUUGUCUGAUAAUAUAAACUCAGAGGAUGUGGGGCACAGGGCCCUUUGACCUCUGAUUUCAUGGCAUGCGUCUGACGGUGGUUGGAACACAUUGACUGGCUUAAUAAAGUACAAGAUGUUUGUA